AUGGAUUUCUUCUAUCUCCUAGUGUUAACACUCACUUCUCAUCUUAUGAUUGCUACUGCUAAUUCUGUACCAGUAGAAGCAAACACUGAAGCAGUGGAUAACAAUACUUGCUGGACAAAGAUACAAAUACCCUGUGAAACUUCAUCAACCACACAAACUGGUUUAAUAAAAGAUCUCAGCUCAGAGAAAUUCAUUAGUUCAACGGUUCUCAAAGAACAUGAUGUCAUGGAUUGUUAUCCUUGGAUGUUUCGUAAUCCCAGAAAUGGAAAAUGUGAAUGUAGUAACAUUCCAUAUCACUCUGUACUAUGUGAUGUUGAAAUCAGCAGGACAUCCAUUCUUGAUUGCUAUUGUAUGACUUACGAUAGUGAGAGCAAUGAAACUCAAUUAGGAAGAUGUGUGUAUGGUUGCGGACAUAAAACAGACACUGUCUUUUAUACACUUCCAAAUAACACAGACAAUCUUAAUACCUACUCUUGUGGAAGAAUGAACCGCGAUUCAACACUGUGUGGACAGUGUCUAUCAGGAUAUUCACCACUCUUGUACUCGUAUGAAAUGGAAUGCAUGAACUGUACGGGAGAGAACAUGACCUACAACUGGAUCAAGUACAUAGCAGUUGCUUACAUUCCUUUAACAUUCUUCUUUUUCUUCGUCGUAAUCUUUAAAUUCAAUGGAACUUCACCAAUGCUGAAAGGUUUCAUUAGUAUUUCCCAAGGACUUGUUUCACCUAUAGCUGCAAGAGCUUUUCUUUCUGUUACUUUAAGGAAAGCUUAUAUUAGAGCUUUAGAGGCCUUUUAUGGUAUCUGGAGUUUGGAUUUCUUUCGUGCUGUCAUUCCACCUAUUUGUGCGACGGACAUCAGUCAAAUACAAGUGUUUGCUUUGGACUAUGCUAUUGCCUUUUAUCCAUUGGUACUGGUUAUUCUGACUUACUUUCUCAUUAGUUUGCAUGGCCGUGAUGUACGUAUAGUUGUUUGGUUGUGGAGACCUUUUCAUAAGGUUUUCAGUUUAGUUAGUCAAAACUGGGAUAUGGAAGGGUCGAUUGUGAAUGCUUUUGCUACCUUCUUUUUACUCUCCUACUUAAAAUUUCUCAACACGACUAUUGAGUUAUUAGUAUUUACUAGAAUGUAUGUACUGGAAGCUAACAGCAAAGAUUAUGUUAUAAAGUAUGUCCUUUACUAUGAUGCCACAGUGGAAUUCUUUGGACAUAAACAUCUUCCGUACGCAAUAGUAGCUUUGUUUGUCGGAGUUUUCAUUGUAAUACUUCCUAUAGUGUUUCUGAUUGUAUAUCCAAUGAAAUGGUUUCAGAAAUUUCUCAAUGCUUUGAAAAUUCAGCGUCAACGUCUUGACAUGUUUGUCAACUGCUACCAAGGUUACUACAAGGAUGGAACGAAUGGUACCAGAGAUUAUCGAUGGUUUUCAGUGACUUACUUUUUUCUUCAGCUGAUUGUGUUUGUACUAUUUACGUUCUCGCAAAGUAUAUAUUGUUUUUCCAUCGGAGUGUUAUUCAUAAUUACCCUCAUAUUUAUGCAACUUUCGUUACGACCAUACAAGGAAGAAUUCAGAGUGUAUAACAUAACAGAUGCCUUCAUGCUACUGAUUUUUAGUGGAAUGUUCAUUAUGGCAACCGCGGGAGACGAAGCUGACAUCAAAGCUUCCUAUUUCAGUGCAUUUUCUUAUUUGAUUCUAGCACUCCUUGCAGUUGUCCCGAUAAUCUACUUUCUUGUAGUAACUAUUUGGUGGCUCCUGGUAAAGAAAAAACUCAAAACUUGGUGCGUUAGCAAACUUUGUAGCUUUCGUGCUCCGCCUGAAAUCCCACAAAUUGAGGAGUUUUUUUCAGAGAGUGAUAUUCCACACCAGUUAGAGAAUCCAUCAGAUUACUCAUCACCAAAUACCCCACUGAUUUCUGCCACUGGAAAAGAUGCAAAGUAUGGCUCAGUUGCUUGAAGUGUCAUUCCAGACGCAUAAUUGUAAUGCUAAAAAGCUGGCUUAGUAUAUAUAGAGUUUGCUGGCAGUAUAUCACAUACAUAGGACUGGUUACAUGCAGAAAGUUGUUGUGUACCUCUGUGACAUCUAAUUAUUUAUAGCUAAAUGUACCUUUCAGUUUGUACGUUUAUAUUAUUAUGAUUGUCCACCUAUAUACACUGUGCACUGACAUUUGUAUAUAAGUGUGGGUAUUUGUUGUAUAGUGCAUAUAAUUAUUGUGUGGGUGUAAAUCUAUUUAUCAAAAUAGAUAAUUACUCAUCUCUUUAUAUACAAUGACAUCACCUGAAUUUGUCAUUUGUGUUUGUGUAGUAGUUUCACUUUGAUAAUAGAUCUACACCCACACAAUAAUUAUAUCACAGAGGUACACAAUAAAAUUUCUGCAUGUAACCUAUGUAUGUGAAUUAAAGAAAACUAUAAUAUUAUACUGCCAGUAAACUCUAUAUAUACUAAGUCAGCUUUUUAGCAUUACAACCGUGGCUCUGGAAU